AUGACUUUAUCAAGACGUAUCGAUAAAUUGCUCUUCGAGUUGGGAUACUGCUCGAAAAUUGGGCUUCGGAGAUUUCUAUCCAAUCAUGAAUUAACUCUCAUCAAACAUCUCAAUCACAACAACAAAGAAAUUCACGAGAAAUUACUCGGAACCAAAAAACAACUCCGACAAGUCAUUACACCCUCUCAACUUCUCAUCAAUGGAAAACCCAUUCAUACAUUAAAACCCUUAAUUAUUGCUUUUGAUAAACCCGAAGGUUGGACCUCGGAAUCGUUAGGCUCUCUCUACGAUUAUACACAUUUUCAAUAUCAUCAAAAGAUGAAAAAGAACUUUAAAUUUGUAGAACAACAAGAGGAAGAAGGACAGAUUCAAAUUCUUUCUCAUUCCAAAUUGGAACGAGAAGAAGAAGAAGAAUUUACAGAUGAUGAAGAAAAAGAAACAUACAUGUCCGAUGACGAUGAUGAGGAUUCUUUAAAUUUAUCUCAUCAUCAUGAAGAAGAAGAAUUAACUGAAAAUAUUUAUUCCCUUCUUGAUUUAUUACCAAAAGAAUAUCCAUUGAGGAAACCAGAAUUUCAAUCCAUUUUACCGUUACCUGAUGAAAUUGGUGGACUCACUGUCAUUACUCAAUUACAUUCAAUGGCCAAAGCAUUCCGAUCAGUUCGUGCUCCAUGCCGAAGAGUCUAUCGAAUUCAAACACGAGAUGGAUUUACUGGUUUGGAGGAUGAAGCUCUUUUGCAUUUCCGAUCCGAUAUUAAGGAUUCAAUUAAGAGAGUGAUUAAUCCUCCAGAAUUUGUGGUUGUUGAUGAGAAGAAGAAUAUUGCUGAAAUUGUAUUGUAUGAUUACAAGCCAGAUAAGAUUCGUGAAAUGAUGAGAGCCAUUCGACACGAAUUAUUGGAUGUGAAAAGAAUUGGCUUAGGUGGACUUUCACUCAGUGAUUUACCAGAAUUGGUGACUCCAAAAUUGAAUGAGGAAACAGGUUUAGUGGAAUUCACCAAUGAGGAAAAGCGUGCAAAUAAGAAACAUUGGGUCGCUUUGGAUGACGAAAGAAUUGAAAAAUUGAUGAGUUCGAAACAGGAGGUAGUGGAUCGAUUAAGAGCCGAAAAAGAGAAAGGUAGAGCCAGACGAGAGGAAGAUUUGAAACGAUUCGCACGAGAAACAAAUGUUCGAAAAGAAGAUUUCAUGCAAGCCCACACUGAAAAGCAAGAACAAGAGUUUAAGGAAGAAACGAAAUUGACAGAGACAAUUUUGGGCGUUGACAAGGAUUACCCAGAGACACUUGUACCAAAGAAGAGUACUAUCACGACAGACAAGCCAAAAUAUUCAUUCAGUUCAGUGAAUGCUCUUCAAGAAGGAAAAUUGGAUAUUUCGUUCGAUGAGAUCGAUGCUGAAGAAAUGAAACGUUGGGACGAACAAACGUCACAAGAAAUGCGUCAAUACACGGCCAAAUUGGAAAGGAAAAAGACGAUUGCUUCAAAGAAAAAGAAAUAA